CACGUCGUCUUACUGUGGUACACAUUCAUGCCAAGUUAUUUGAAAAUCCAUCCAUCGAUGACAAAGAUAUGGACCGGACACGAAAAUUGGGGACAGACUGACAGACCGACAGACUGACAGACGGUUCAAAAACUAUAUGCCUCCCUUUGGGGGCAUAAAAACUCUGGAUGACACUAUUCAUGAAACUCCUGUCAGUCCUCUACUCAGUGGUGCUGAACUUACUAAAGAAUGGCAGGGUGUAAAGGCUAUGUUAAAAGGUUGUUACAGACAACUAUCUCUACAGGACUUCUGCAAGAAAUUCAUUUUGAAGCAUCAGAAUAUGUAUCCAAACUUUGCCAGACUUGCAGAAAUUGGUCUCUGUAUGGAAGUCACCAGUGUUGAAUGUGAACGAUCCUUCAGUACCCAAAACAGAUUAAAGACUAAAUACAGAGCUGCUCUGAAGGAUGAGUCUUUAGAAGCCCUGAUGACUGUUGGUCUACUUGGACCACCAGUGACCAGCUACAACCCAGCAAAGUCAGUCAGGAUAUGGCUAAAAAGAAAAGACAGGAGGAAGAAAAGACUUAUGGAAGCAUACAAACCAAGGGCCAAUAAAGAGACUCUAAAAAAAUAGAGCAAAUUGUUUGCUGCAUUGCAUUUGUUUGUCAGUAAAGGCAGUAGAAUACAAACAUAGAAUAGUU